CACGCUGCGUUCAGUGUUGUUGUGGCGCUCGAGCGGGCAGGUCUCGCGGAGCGAUGACGCGACGGCCGCUCGACAACUUGCGCCGGUAGUGACUUCAUCAAUCAAAAUUAAUUUAUACUGAAUCAGUGCUGAAGCCCCACUGCAGCGGAACAAGUGGGAAAAGUACAUGAGUUAGUUCAUAGUGGAUCUCAGUAAGCUACUAAGCUAGCAGUUACACGCGAUGAGCGAAGAGGACGCGCAAGCGAGGACUGGCGGGAUUCAUGGCUGGGGCUUUACUCCAACCGGAGACCCGCCCCCCGCAUCAGUAGGCACAAAUGACCCCCCGAAAUCAAAAUGUCUCCCAGAAGCAAUAACUAAGGGUUGGAAAAGAACUACAUUAUACGGAAUUUUACUUGUAUUAAUGAUAAUUAUAUUUUUAAAUAUAGCCCUAACUUUAUGGAUAGUUAGUGCGUUAAGGUUAAGUGUGAAAGGCAUUGGUCCUAUAAAGAUAAUAAAAGAUGGGAUACAAUUAGAGGGCCAAGCAUGGAUAGUAGACAAGUUGGUAACGUCGACAAUAACAUCGCCAAUCGCUCAGCCUAUCACUCUGCACUCGUUCCGGAAUUUCACCGUCCUCGUCUCAGAUCCUAAUCAUGUUGAAUUAGCAAAGAUGUUUAUAAAGAGAGAUAGUAUAGAAUACAGUGGAAGAAAAUUUGAAGUGUACGACUCUAAAGGUGGGAAGGUAUUUCAUGCGUCGCGCGACGAAGUACGUGUAUUUGCAGAGGCAUUCGCAGUCGAUAGCGAAGCAGGCCUCACCGUGAAUAGUGCAAUCCAAGCACCACUCGUUCGUGCGCCGCCGAGCUCCAAAUUGCAAUUGGAAUCGCUUACUAGAAGAUUAGAUUUACGAGCACCGCAGUCCAUAUACCUGGAGAGCAGAGCAGGUGGCAUUGAUAUUACUUCGCAUAGUGAUAUUCAUCUCGAUUCUAUCGUUGGUGCUAUACGAAUCGAUGCUCCAAACAUCGUAAUAGAUAAUCUCAAAAUAGCAAACACUACUACCAACUCUCAGAAAUAUAACCGAGCUAACAAAGUGUACCAAUUGUGUGCCUGCGCAUCCGGGAAGUUAUUCCUUGCUGCGCCAGAUGCUCUUUGCGGAAUACCUGAGAACGAUACAGAACUAUGUCGAUGAUAAACAUUCGUACAUUUAAUAUAUGAAAUAUAAAUAUAUUUCAACAAGCACCGACAGCCUUGAAGCGUCUAUUUGCAUGGGAGUUGAGACCUUCUACAACUUCGUCGUCAUAAAAUGAUUAUAGUACAUUCCGAUACAAGAAAUCAGCGGAAUAUUCCAGAUAUCAUUUGUUAUGGCAGCACCGACCUUAAUUGCUACAAAUAUUUUUUUUUGUACUUAGAAGUAACCGGAUUGCAGUUUUUGCAUUUAACAUUA